UCAUUCAUUCUAUUUGUCAAAAAUGCUGUACGAAGGAGCUCGCAUCGCCAAGCAAUGAAAUUAUUUUAAAUAUAGUUUUUCGUGACAUUUUUUCGGCGUUUUUGUGAUUAACUUGAAUGGGAAGAGUGAUGCUUGCGUGUAGUACGAAAUAUUUUUGCAAAAGAAUUCCUUUGGUUGCAUUUUUCGGCUUGAUUAUUUGACACUUGUUUCCACGUGGUUCACGUCACAAUCGGUCGACGUGUUAAUUUUCUACAUAUUAUUUAAAGUUCUUGACUUGAUUUAAACGAAGAAAUGGAGUCAUUGAACAUCUCGAAACUCAACUUGUGCAGCGGCAGGAGCCGGAGCUCCCAAGACAACGGUGUGAAGUUUGAAAGGACUGAAGAAAAAUUCGAAACAAAUGCACUCACAGAUCAAGAUGAAGAGUACCACUGUGAAUAUAAAGAAGAAAUAUGGAAGAACCUUUUGGAACAAGAAGCUGAGAAACCAACUAUUCACCUGCAGUCACCACAGCUGGAGUUCCGAGGCGCGUUAGUACAGCAACUGCGUGACGUCACAAAGAAAUUGGGGCUGAGCAUUGCGACGCUACACUCGGCGGUUGCUCAGCUCGACCUGUUCAUGGACGCUCACAGACUGAGGGCUGACCGACUCACACAUGUCGCUUUAGCCUGCUUGAGCUUAGCAGCAAAAAGCGAAGAGAAAUUCAGUCGGGCGCCCACACUGAAGACUUUAUCCAAGAUUAGCGGGGUCCAGCUAUGUGGGAAGACGUUUAGACAGUUAGAGUGGAUGGUGGGCCAGCACGUUCGCUGGCGACUGUUGGCUCCGACGCCCGUGACGUACGCCGCGCUCCUUGCUCAGUACGUGGUGACAGAUAGCGACCUCACCACCAGACAUCCUAAGUUCGUCAGACGCUUUAAGAGAGAUGGAGCGAAACUCCUCGAAGCUUACUUGGAUUUGACGCUGUCUGACGUGCGGCUGAAGGUGGUGGAGUGCGUGGACGUGGGGUGCGCGUGCGUGGCGUGCGCGCGCGCGGAGCUGGGCCUGCCCGCGUGGCCCGCCUGGCUCGCCGCCCGCGCCGCGCGCCAGCCCGCCGCCGUGGCGCCGCUCGCCAGGCUGUUACAGAGGAUGAUGCAAAUUCUGAAGUCUCGCGAAACAUCCGUGGAAUCUGAAGUAGAUCAGGGCUACAGCAGCGCCCGGACGUCCCCGAAUCAAACACCGUGUACCUCGCCAAGCUUCCACGUGUCCCCGGCAUCCAGCACUUGCAGCACUUCGUCCCGCAGCCACUUGAACGUCGACACAUCUUACCGCCAACGGCCCGUUGAACGUCGACCCGACGCUACCUACUCCGUCUUAGACUUAGAAGAUUCUAAUGUGCCUCAGAACGUAAACGUUGAUUACUACACACUGCCAACUGCUGUCGAUAUGACGCUGCAACGGGUGAACUCGGCUGCAGACUACAGGUACUGUAGGUCCCGUAGACUGGUCGAUGCUAGUUUAGAAGUACAACCGUCUACCAGUAUGGCUGUGAAGCGUGGCAUAGACGCCAAUGUCGACAUCGAGAGGAAGAGGUACAGACUCGCCUCACAGAUGUCCCAGGUAGUUCUAUGAUCAUGUCUAGUCUUAACGUAAGUCUGUAUUCAUGUUCGGUACAUUUUUCGUUCUACGACGGUUUCAUGACAUCUGCAAAAUUUGUGUUCUUUUUUUCUAAUGUUUCCUUUUUGUUCUCAACUGUUUUUUUAAGUCUUAUUACAAAAAUGUACUGAUGCGGUUCUGGUGGCCGUGUUAAAUGAAUCCAGGCUAUUGAUGAUAAAUACUUUUGAUUUGAGCUUUUAAAUUUUAUUGAUGUACGUUUCUAUACCUUAAACUCAUAUUUAUUAUUUGAAUCGAAAGUAUUUAUGGUCAGUAUACAAAUAGGUUAGUAGGAUGCAUAUUCCAGAAUGUUGUUUAAAAGCGUAGCUGAUUUUUACGAGUAUGCUUUACUGUGUUGCAAGUGGAAAUAAUGUUGUAUGUACCGAGCCUGCACUGUUUUUAUUUGACUGGUUUUUUAACCUUUCCUAAUACUCAAAUAUUUUAUUUCUUAUCAAAUUCGAAUGCUCAUCAUACAUAUUAUAUCCACUUGUAAUAAAAUGUAUUAUCAUAUAGCAAUAAUGAUUGAGAAGUUUAGAAAUAUUGCUACAUUUUAGAGAUGAGGUUUUGAAAAUUGAACUUAAUUUACAAAAGACACGGAUUUCAAUAACUAGGUUGUUUGAUGAUGUGAAAGUUAUAAACUGACUCAUUAAAAUUAGUUUUACCACUAGUUUCUACUUCAUCUUCUGUGUGCUUUCAGGAUAGGCGUUAUGUUUCAGAAACGUCCUCAGUAAAUUAAUGCUUUCUUGUCAAAUAACUUUUUGAUCUAAAAAUACAACUAUAGUGUCAAACUUAUAUAAAAACCAACUCUAAUGCAAUAAAACUUCUCAAUUACGCAUUUCCUAAUUAGCAAUAGUUAGUGAGAAAUUGUUGGUUAAACACCAAAUCUCGAAUUAGCAAAGUUUUCAACAGCCUGAUUAUAUAACAAUGCAAAAAUGAAAGCUUAUGAUGAAAAGUACAUAAUUAAAUUGUAUCCUUUACCUAAUUUAGAGUGGGUUGUACCAUUUACAUAAUGACCGAAUCAAAACCAGCCGUCAAAUCGGCGAUAUCGCUUGUUGUAUUCAAAAUUCAAAUGGUGCAACCCGCCCAAAAUGUUAGAUUAAAGGCGACAUAUUUAUUCAUACUCUAUUUAUAGAAAUGCCAAAUUGUUUAUUAUAUACAAAAUAAAUUUGCAUCGUUAUGCAAUUAGGUUGUUGGUUAGCAUUUAAAUGGUGAUUAUGACGUAGCUCAUAGAUCGAAUAGGGUUGGCAUAACAUGCGUAAGUAGAUGAAAUAUGUAUGUACACAAUGUAAACGAUUCCUCAAGUACUUAAUACAAAUUAAAAAUGGAUACUUAACACGAUCAUGCAAGCUUAUAUAGAAUCCGGUGUGCAAAAGGAUGGAGCUAUAGAAAAUAAAAUAUAAAUUUAAUAGUUAUUGCGUUUUAUGUGUAGAUAGAGGAUAUAUCUGAAAUUAAGUAACUUAAAUACGAAGUAACACAGCAAUAAGUUUUAAUAACAGCAUGUUAUGUCAAUCCGGUAUUGUACGACUGCCUUAAUAUUACUGUAACGGAUCAUACGACGUGAUAGAGUAAACUGACGAUCAUUAUUUCCUUAAUUUAUGUUAGUUAGAAAUUUAUAUCGUGUAUACGUUGUAAAGGUGGAAUUACUCAUUUUAAAGGCGUUUGGUUCGCGUGAAACCUCUUUCGUUGUUGGCCGAAUUUGAACUACUUCAUAGACGCUUUCUACUUGUCUCUGGUUUGCAUCAGUGAAACUGAAAUAGCAACACAGAGAUAGACAUAUCAACCAUCGAAAGAACUAGAAGGUAAUGUAUAUUUCGGCAUACCUUAUCGAAGGCAGCACAAUAGCUGUGCUGUGAUUGGUUGACGGUAAUAAAAACAGUCAAUCAAAUUGCUUGACUGAUGUUUGCGACGUUAAAUAACGAAAAUCAGGUUCUCGCACUAACGAACAUUCAUUCGUCUUUAGAAAACUCAAUUUCACCUUGAUUUACCAAUCUAGUAUAUUUUAAUACUGUAUCCGAAAUAGCAAUUCUAGUAAAUUAAUGCCAAUUUCAUUUAGUACGAGUCAUGUUAUAGAAUAACUUAUUUGAAUAAUUUUUGCUGUUUUGGAUGUAGAGCGGUUGUGAUUAAGUAUGUUUUAAAUUAUUGUUAAUAUUUAAAUUUGCUUCUGCUUAUAAAUGUUAUUGUAUGCACUUAUAUUCGCUUUACGUUUGGCCAGUUACGUAAACAGCAUGACAGUUCUAGCUGUCCCAUUAAAAAUUCAAGAGCCCUCAUACUAAUUAAUUUACAUUGUCAACAUCGAAACGUUCGGCAUGAAUAGUUACUUACAAAAAAUAUAAACACACCCAAAACUGAGUAUACCGGUGUAAGUGUACAGCCUAAACUUUAGGCAAAUUGACUUUUUCUCUCUGGGUAACACCAACCCUAUACUUGAACAGUUUUGGGUGUACACAACUUUACAUAUACAUUUUUUAAUUGAAAGCUGGCAAAAUAACCAUUAUAAGCAGAAAUGACAAUGUUUGGACCGUGGUAUGGAAUAGAAUCUUGUUUUAACAUUAACGUUUUUAUUGCUCAUUUUUACUGCAUUGUUUAAGUUAUUUUUUAAAUAUUUUUUAUCAACGAAAUGUAAGAUUCCGUUCCAUAUUCACAUUUAAUGUGUAAAACUGUUAUGUGACAAAAUAUGUGGUGUGAUAUCAAAAUUAAUUUACCAGUGACAGUUCAUGUCUUAUUUACUUUUCACAAAAUGUUGAUUGUUGCGAAAAUCCAUCACAUAUUUGGGCGUAUGGUAUAAAUGUUUUAUUUCACUACCUUAUUUUAAAGGGUUUUACAACUGUCAAUAGGGCAAAGGGGACAUAAGCAAUAGUAUUUUCGGUCGUUUUAAAAAAUCGCAAACGGGUACAUAAAUCAAUUAACUGCUUGAAUGUCGCUAAUUAGAGAACAAUAAAAAAUCAAUUGUGUCUCGCGUACAUUUUACAUAUAAUACAAGGGGUUAAUAUAUGCAUUAAAAUUAUAAAUAACAAAGAAAGUAGGCCUAGAGCUAAAGCUAAGUCCCACAAAACCGUUUAAGUGGCUAUGUGGAACUUAUGCAUUUUAUGCAAAUUGUACCGAAACUAAUACAUUAGACAAAUAAUCAAAUUAAUGAGAAACCCCUUGGCCCUAGAAAAGUAAUAAUUUUUAUACGGGUUUGUAAACGGUCUCGUAAUGUCUACUAUUUUGGUUUAUUACUAAUGUUGUACCAAAUGUUUGAAUGUUUUAUUCGUAAUAUUAAUAUUUGCUACAGUGAUAAUUUCCAAGUUAAUUUGGUACCUUUUACUCAUAUCGCGACCGACACCAUGCUUAUACUCGAAUGUAUUGUUUUUCCAGCUCAAGGCCUAAUGAAAUGAAGUUACCAAAACUAUUUUUGAGUAUUUUAUAUUAUGUUGCAGAUCUAAAAAUGUUAAUUGUAUUUAAAAUGUCAUCGUUCACUACAUAAACUUGUAUUUGUUAUUCGCAUUUCAUUAAAACAUGUAAAGGUAUAGUCGAUAUAAAUAAACUGUGCUUCCUUAAUCAUUCUGCCUUACAAUUCUUAUUUGUCGAUAAUUAUAAUUACUUUUCAAAAAUAGAAGUCAUUGGUAAAUAGCUUCCUUCAUAAUAAUUUCGACUUUAUCUGUACCAUUUUGUAUUACCUACCUAGUUUUUAAUCUGUUGUUGAAGUCUUCAGAGUAAAAAUGCUUAUAUACAAUGAUGUUAUCGACAAAUAAAGUUAUUAAUCCAAUUAAAAAAUAAAUAUAUUCCGCUUGUAAGAAUAGAAAAUUUUCAUUGCGUUCAACAUUAAUUUAGCAAUCAUUUCAAAGGGUUUCCACAAAACUUUCAGUGUAAUUUUCGUAAUGUAUGCAAUGGAAAUUAUCUAUCGUAUAUAAAUAGCUUCGAAAUAUUUUAAAUGUAAUAAGUACAUGUUUAAUGACGUAAAAAGUGAAUGGUUGUACGAAGACUGAAGGAUAUGUAGUAUACAUUGGCAUUGGACUGAACAGAAAAUGAAAAUUAUUUUGUACCUAUGAAAACUUAAGAUAAAGACACAUUAUAAACCUUGAAAUAAAUAUUUUACUUCUUUA